AUGGACGGCGACUCUUGCCCCUCAUGUUGCUCGACCUGUACCUCGUUAAAUGUUUUUUUGUGCCCUCAUAUUCCUAUCCUUACCCUCGGUCUGCUGCUGGUGUACUACGUCACGGGAUAUCUUAAGCGGUGGCAUCUCCGUGAUAUUCCAGGACCUUUUAUCGCUGGCUUCAGCAGGAUCUGGCUUAUUGUACAGGUCCGUCAGGGGUAUCGCUCCCUGGUCGUUCACGAUUUACACAGACGGUACGGCAAGAUAGUCCGCCUGGCUCCGAACCAUAUCUCUAUUGCAGACGAGUCAGCCAUUCAAGCCAUAUAUGGACAUGGCAAUGGAUUCCUCGAGACCGACUUUUACAAUGCAUUUCUUAACGUUGAUUGGAGCAUCUUCACAACGCGUAGUCGUGCCGAACACACUCGCAAGCGCAAGAUCGUUUCUCACGCGUUCAGCGCGAGGUCUUUAGCUCAGGUCGAACAGCACGCGCACAACAAUAUGGAGCAUCUGGUCAGACAGUGGCGGAAGAUGAUUGAUUCAGAAGAAGGCCUAGAUGAUCCGUAUGCAGUGAUUGAUGCACGUGUUUGGUGCAAUUAUUUAACCUUUGAUAUCAUCGGUGAUUUGGCAUUUGGUGCACCGUUUGGAAUGUUGGAGAGGGAGAAUGCUACCGUGUCUAUGCGGAAAGCGCCAGAGAAUCCAGAAGUCACCCUGGAUGCUGUGGAAGUUCUUAAUCAUCGUGGUGAUGUCUCUGCUGCUUUUGGGAUUUGCCCGGAUCUUAUUCCCUACGCCAAGUGGUUGCCUGAUCCCUUCUUCCGCCAAGGCGCGGAGGCUAUCGCCAAUCUGGCUGGUGUAGCCGGAGCGGCAGUCGAUAGGCGUCUAAAGAUGGAUACGUCAAUGACGGAGAAACGUGGGGAUCUUCUCGCGCUUUUGAUCGACGCGGAAGACCAAGCUGGUGCAAAACUGGGUCAUCGUGAGCUCACUGGCGAGGCAGUGACCCUGAUAGCAGCUGGAUCCGAUACCAGUUCCAGCACGUUAUGUGCUCUGUUGUAUUGGGUCUCAUCCACCCCACGCGUAUUGUGGAAGCUACAGAACGUUUUGGAUGAAGUUAUUCCUGUUGACAUCGAGGUUCCAUAUCUGGCAAUGGUGAAGAAAAUCACUUAUCUCCAAUGGGUUAUCUGGGAGGCGCUGCGCAUCCACAGCACCUUUGGCCAAGGCCUUCCACGCGAGGUUCCUCCCGAGAGAGGACCCGUCGAGAUAUGCGGCCAUACUUUCUAUCCGGGUGACGUUCUCUCUGUCCCGGGAUACACUAUGCACCACUCAGCGGAUAUUUGGGGUAUUGAUGUGGAAGACUUCGUUCCAGAACGUUGGGACCCACGUCGCCUCACCCAGAGACAGAAGGACUCGUUCAUUCCUUUCAGUGAAGGUCCUCGAGCUUGCAUUGGUCGCAACCUGGCUGAGAUGGAAUUGUUUGUCGGUUGCGCAACAUUAUUCCGUUUGUUUGAAUUUCGCGUGGAGGGACAAGGGCCAUUGAAAGUUCGGGAAAGAUGGCUCCGUAAGCCUGUCAGUUUGCAGGUUGGCAUAAGGCGCAGGUACCUUGACGCACGCUCAAGUUAA